GCCUGCGCGCCGCGGGCCGACCGAUUCUACCCUGUCCGGCAGAGCCGGCUGUGGGUCCCGCGGCCAUAGCCGCGUCUUCUUUCAGCUGUGCCACCAGCCGGGGCUCGGGCCCGGGCCCGGGCCCCCGGGACAUGGCCCUCCGGAGUGCGCAGGGCGACGGCCCCACCUCCAGCCGCUGGGACGGUGGCGCGGAGAAGACAGGCUCCACGGAGCCCAACAGGGGCCUCGAACUCACCACCCUGAGAUCAAGACCUGAACUGAUACCAAGAGUCGGAUGCUUAACUGACUGAGCCACCCAGGCGCCCCAAGCAGUUUUUCUUAAUACAUGCUUGUCUUCAUGUUUCAGACUUUAACGCAAAAAGGAAAAAGAAAGUGUCAGAGAUACACCAGGCUCUGAACAGUGACCCCACCGAUGUGGCUGCCCUUAGACGUAUGGCUAUCAGUGAAGGAGGGCUCCUGACUGAUGAGAUCAGGCAGAAAGUGUGGCCCAAGCUCCUCAAUGUCAACACCAGUGACCCACCUCCUAUAUCAGGGAAGAACCUACGGCAGGGAAGCAAGGACUACCAGCAAGUGCUGCUGGACGUCAGGCGGUCUUUGCGGCGGUUCCCGCCUGGCAUGCCGGAGAAACAGAGAGAGGGGCUUCAGGAAGAGCUGAUCGACAUCAUCCUCCUCAUCUUGGAGCGCAACCCUCAGCUGCACUACUACCAGGGCUACCACGACAUCGUGGUCACGUUUCUGCUGGUGGUAGGCGAGAAGCUGACGCCGUCGCUGGUAGAAAAAUUGUCUACCCACCACCUCAGGGAUUUCAUGGAUCCAACGAUGGACAACACCAAGCAUAUAUUAAACUAUCUGAUGCCCAUCAUUGACCAGGUGAAUCCAGAGCUCCAUGACUUCAUGCAGAGUGCCGAGGUGGGAACCAUCUUUGCCCUCAGCUGGCUCAUCACCUGGUUUGGGCAUGUCCUGUCUGACUUCAGGCACGUCGUGCGGUUAUACGACUUCUUCCUGGCCUGCCACCCGCUGAUGCCCAUUUACUUUGCAGCCGUGAUCGUGUUGUAUCGAGAGCAGGAAGUCCUGGAUUGUGACUGUGACAUGGCCUCGGUCCACCACCUGUUGUCCCAGAUCCCUCAGGACCUGCCCUAUGAGACCCUGAUCAGCAGAGCCGGAGACCUGUUUGUUCAGUUUCCCCCAUCUGAACUUGCUCGGGAGGCAUCUGCCCAGCAGCAGGCCGAGAAGACGGCCGCCUCUACCUUCAAAGACUUUGAGCUGGCAUCAGCCCAGCAGAGACCUGACGCGGUGCUGCGACAGCGGUUCCGGGGACUCCUGCGACCUGAGGAGCGAACGAAAGACGUCCUGACCAAACCAAGGACCAACCGCUUCAUGAAGCUGGCGGUGAUGGGGCUGACGGUGGCACUUGGAGCGGCCGCCCUGGCUGUGGUGAAAAGUGCCCUGGAGUGGGCCCCCAAGUUCCAGCUGCAGCUGUUCCCCUAAAUGCCGGGGAGGGCGCUGCCUCCUCCAUGACGUUGAGGUCUCACCCUUCCAUGGAAGGGUUGGGAGGGGGUGGAAUUUCCUUUAUUAAAAGGGUUUCUGUCGAGGGUUUUCUAGUCCUGCCAGCCCCCGCCCUGCCUGCCCGUGGUUUGCCUUCACCUCAGAGCCCACUGGCCCCUGAGAGCUGCGCUCGGAGGCCGAGCCGGCCCGCGGGCCUCCUCUCCCUCCCCGCCGCCGUCGCCCCGCGCUCCCCGCUGCUGCCUCUCGCGCCAGGGGUUUCUUGAGCUGCCCACGGCCCUGGGAACCCUCCGAGCCUGGUUACCGGGGACCUUCUUAGCUGCCCCGUAGCAAGUAAGCUGGGCCACCACGGGCCCUCCUCGCGGCGCCUCCCGUUCCGUCUGCUGCCACUGGCCCGAGGAGGAACGAGCUGCUGCCGUGGGCGUUAGACCUUGGAACCGAGGCGAGGGACAGAGGCUGCUAGCCGGGCGCAAGAUCGGCCCCUCGAGAGCAGCUCCGUUAGCUGGUCAGAAAUCAGACAGACGUGAACUAGGUUACUAGGUAAAUCCUAUUUUCAGCCUAGGAAUCACUUGGGCGUUUCCAGUCAAACAGGAAGGAAUGUGAGGUUGUAGGGCCCAGAUGUAAACUGGUUUUGCCUGCCUUCUUUCUUUCUCCUCCCUGUUCUCUCCCACAAGCCACAUGAUGUUGCUUUUAAAGGACAUUUUAUUACUCUUUUUAGAAUUACAUAUACCCAACAUGUAAAGUACCCUCACUCUAAAAAUGAUAGUUCCUUCACGGGAAGAACAGUCCUCAUCAGCAAGAUGAGCUUCUAAGACCCUGAAGUUUCCUUUCUCCUCGAUUGUUGAACGUCUCACUUGAGCUAGAGCUGCUGUGUGUUUUCAGCCCCACACUUCCAGAGCGCCCACGGGCCCGCUCUCCUGCCUUCCUCUUCUCCUCAGACCACUCUUCUCCUCCCAAGUAGGCACCCACUCACUCCUACCUUGGCUUCGUUGGGGGGAUUCAGUUUAUCUCCUCAGCUGUUGGUCUUUCCCUCCUGGUUGGAAAUGUCACUGGAGACUUGUCAGCAACCAGAAGGGACACACCAGCCUGAAGAGUAUGGGAGAAGCUGAGAACAGCCAGCUCCCGCCCCAAGCUUCUGGAGGACUCUCCAGGCCUUCGGGGACAAGACGGAUCAUUCAGUCCUUCUGGACUUCUUUUCCUGUAAGCAAAACCAAGUUUGUUUGAGAUUAA